CUUAAAAUCCUUAUUUGGGAGUCCCAAUCAGAUAAGAAUAAAUAUUAAUUGUAUUGAAUCAGAUCGCAGUUCAUCAUCCAUUUUCAUGGAGCUUUCUCAUACCCAUCAUGUCCUCCUUUUUCCCUUUCCGGCCAAAGGCCACAUCAAACCCUUCUUCUCUCUCGCCCAGCUCCUCUGCAACGCCGGUCUCCGUGUCACCUUCCUCAACACCGACCACCACCACCGUCGCAUCCACGACCUCAACCGCCUCGCCGCCCAACUUCCCACGCUUCACUUCGACUCUGUUUCUGACGGACUCCCGCCGGAUGAACCCCGCGAUGUUCCCGACAGGAAGCUCUGUGACUCCAUUCGUCAAGUCACCAGCUCCCUCUUUCGAGAGCUUCUGGUCUCAUACAAUAAUGGAUCUUCUUCUGGCCGCCCGCCGAUCACUUGUGUUAUUACAGAUGUCAUGUUUCGUUUUCCGAUUGAUAUAGCUGAAGAAUUGGGUAUCCCUGUUUUUACUUUCUCUACUUUCAGUGCCCGUUUCUUGUUCCUUAUCUUCUGGAUUCCCAAGCUCCUUGAACAUGGCCAGCUUCAAUACCCAGAGCAAGAACUCCAUGGCGUUCCUGGGGCGGAAGGGCUUAUAAGAUGGAAAGAUUUGCCGGGAUUUUGGUCUGUCGAAGAUGUAGCGGAUUGGGAUCCAAUGAACUUCGUGAACGAGACCUUAGCCACGUCUCGAUCCUCUGGUUUAAUUCUCAACUCAUUCGACGAACUCGAAGCUCCAUUUCUGACGAGUCUUUCCAAGAUAUACAAAAAAAUUUACAGCCUUGGACCCAUUAACUCUCUGUUGAAGAACAUCCAGUCCCAACCCCAGUACAACCUUUGGAAAGAAGAUCACAGUUGCAUGGCGUGGCUCGACUCCCAGCCACGAAAAUCCGUCGUGUUCGUCAGCUUCGGGAGCGUGGUGAAGUUAACAAGCCGGCAGUUGAUGGAGUUUUGGAAUGGAUUGGUGAACAGUGGAAAGCCAUUUCUGUUGGUGUUGAGAUCAGAUGUAACUGAGGCAGGGGAAGAAGUGGUGAGAGAAAUCAUGGAGAGGAAGGCAGAAGGGAGAUGGGUGAUUGUGAAUUGGGCUCCACAAGAGGAGGUCUUGGCCCACGACGCCGUUGGUGGGUUCUUGACGCAUUCUGGGUGGAACUCCACCUUGGAGAGCUUAGCUGCUGGUGUUCCUAUGAUCUCUUGGCCCCAAAUCGGAGACCAAACAAGUAACUCUACAUGGGUCUCCAAGGUCUGGAGAAUUGGGCUUCAAUUGGAGGAUGGAUUCGAUAGCUCCACCAUCGAGACCAUGGUUCGGUCUAUAAUGGAUCAGAAAAUGGAGAAGACGGUUGCAGAGUUAGCCGAACGAGCCAAGAACAGAGCAAGUAAAAACGGGACGUCUUAUCGAAAUUUUCAAACUUUAAUUCAGGACAUCACAAACAUAAUUGAAACACACAUCUAAGUAAUAAACUCAGCUCCAGAUUUAUGAAA